AUGGUCAGACUCGGCAAAAAUUCCAAGCGGGUGCCCGUCCGCCUGAGACACAAGAUUGAGAAGUCCGCUGUUGCAAAGCAGAAGAAGAAUAGGAAGCUGGCAAAGAAGAACCCGGAAUGGCGGUCUAAGCUCAAGAAGGACCCGGGCAUUCCCAACCUUUUCCCGUUCAAGGAUAAGCUCCUUCACGAUAUUGAGGAGAAGAAGCGCCUGAAGGCCGAGGAGCAAGAGCGCAUGCGUGAGGAGGCACGGGCUCGCAAGGUCGAGGCUAAACAGGCCCAGAGUGGCAACCAGGCGGGUGUGGACAUUGUUGCGGACGAUCUGCUGGACGAUGACAUGGAUGCCGAUGGCGAGGACUCAAACCCUAUGGCGGCGCUGCUUGCCUCGGCUCGGGCCCGGGCUGCGGAAUAUGACGAUGAUGAGAGCGAGGAUGAGGAGAUGGAGGAGGACGAUGACGAGAUGGACGAGGACGACGAGGAGGGUAGAGUGACCUUCGACGAUGCCCCCACGCUGGUCACCGCACAGAACUCCACCAAGGAGAGUUCACGGCGUCAAUUCGACAAGGUCUUCAAGACGGUUACGGAUGCGGCUGAUGUAGUGCUGUACGUGCUCGACGCACGCGACCCUGAAGGCACUCGGUCGAGGGAGGUGGAGCGGGAGAUCAUGGCCGCCGAUGCCGGCUCGAAGCGACUGAUCCUUAUCCUCAACAAGAUCGAUCUUGUCCCUCCGCCAGUCCUCAAGGCCUGGCUGGUCCACCUGCGCCGCUACUUCCCCACCCUCCCACUCAAGGCCUCUAACGGCGCCCCCAACGCCCACAGCUUCGACCAUAAGCAAUUGACCGUCAAGGGCACUUCGGAGACGCUUUUCCGCGCGCUCAAGUCCUACGCCCACAGUAAGCAGCUGAAGCGGUCCAUCUCUGUCGGUGUCAUCGGCUACCCCAACGUCGGCAAGUCGUCUGUGAUCAACGCCCUGACGGCACGCCUCAACAAGGGCUCCAGCAAUGCCUGCCCGACCGGCGCCGAGGCCGGCGUCACCACCAACAUGCGCUCGGUCAAGCUCGACAACAAGCUGAAGCUGAUCGACUCGCCCGGUAUCGUCUUCCCCAGUGCCAACGGCAAGACCUCCAAAAAGUCCAAGGAGAACGAGCAGGCCCGCCUGAUCUUGCUCAACGCCAUCCCGCCCAAGCAGAUCGAGGACCCCAUUCCUGCGGUCAACCUCCUGAUCAAGCGCCUUUCCUCCUCGGAGAACAUGAUCGCCAAGAUGCUCGAGGUGUACGGCAUCACCUCCCUCUUCCCGACCGGUGACAAGACCACCGACUUCCUGAUACAGGUGGCCCGCAAGCGUGGCCGUCUGGGCAGAGGCGGUAUCCCGAACGUCGAGAGCGCUGCGAUGACUGUGAUCAACGACUGGCGCGAUGGCCGCAUCCAGGGCUGGGCUAAUGCCCCUGCCCUGCCCGUCGCUGGUUCUUCGACAGAGGCCGCGACCAGCACCGGCCCUGUGGACAAUGUGCAGGUUGUCACGGAGUGGGCGAAGGAAUUUAACAUCGAGGGCCUCUGGGGCAAUGGCGAGGGCAAUGACGAGGAGAUGGCUGAGUAG